CUCAGCGCGUGCGUUGUGGCUCUACAUCUAGACAGGGAAGGGGAUUAGAACGUAAACCACUGUAGCUUCUGGAAUAGUGGGAAUUCUCUUGGAAUACAGGGAAUAUCAGUGGAUACAGACGUAUUUGAAGAAAAAACAGUAGGUGUGAAAGAAUGGCACGGCCAAACAUGCCAUGCCAAAUAAACACUUUUUGUGGGUGUAUCCCGCUGGAAAGGGGUGUGUUGAUCAUUGGAAUAAUAUCAAUGUUUGUUUCAUUGACGGAGUUGUUCAGGAUCUCACUUCAUUUUGUCGACUUUGAAUUGUCUCUGAGACAUUGUCAAAGACUCCUGAAAGACCUGAAGAAAGCAGAGGGAGAUAAUAAGGUUGAUGGCACUAUCGGGAAUGAGACACGUGAGAAAUGUCCUCAUGAAAGUCUAGUGAGAACAAUGUAUUCUACGUUGGGACUUCAAGCUAUUCUCUGCAUUGUUUACUUUAUUCUAAGUGUGCAGUUGGUGUAUGGUGUUAAAAUGGGCAGACCCAGACUGUUGUUGCCAUGGAUGUUGUGGCAAGCAGCACCAAUCUUUUAUGCUUUCAUAAGCAUCUUCGUACCAAAUAACCCACCGGUGCCAGUGAACAUGGUUUCUUUCUUAUUCAUUGUGUACUUCCUCCUGGUGGUGUUUUCCUACUACAAUGAGGCCACAACAAGAGAGAGGCCAGUAGCAGUUACAGUUGUGGCAGUAACUCAAACUCCAUCUGGAAUGACCGUCACCAUUCCUUCACCAGGAAAGGAUGAUGCUCCACCUCCAUACCCAGGAUACAUUUCAGAAUUCAACCCAGCAUACAGUUCAACAGAUGAAACAUCAGCCCCUCCAUACACUUCCAUGUAUAUGUCUAAUUAUGCAACUCCUCCUCCUUAUUCUCAAAUUGUUCAACAAAGUCCAGGAACUACUCAACAAAAUCCAGGAACUACGCAACAGAGUCCAGGAACUACUCAACAAAGCCAAGGAAACACAAGUUCGGAGCAUUCAGCACAGAACUCAAGUCAAAACAGUGCAGCUGGGUCGCCAGCUGAAACCUGCAGAGAAGCAGUACCUCUGGUUAAGAAAAGUUUGCAAUCUAAUGAGUAGACUGCAUCAUGCAUUCAGCUAUCAGAAGAGAUUUGUGAAUGUUACUUGAAUUCAUAAUUACCUGCAGAUAUUAUGUAUACUAUACUUGCAACCUACUCUGUGUUUGUAAGCUGUUGUUUGAUGUCAGCAUUUUUCAUGACUUUUGAAUCUGUUUGAAAGACCUUCAACUCGAACAAAUUUCUUGUUUGAUUUCUCUUGUACAUGAAGUAUAAGGAGAAAGGAAGACAUUAAUUUAUAUCAUAGUCUUUUAUGUAAAAACACACUUGAGUAAUAUGAUUAUCAUAUCAGUAUUCAAAUGAGAAAAAAUGUCAGCUUUAACCUGUCCUAGCUGAAAGAUAUUUGCUUUUCUCCACUUCUCAGCAUUUUUUUACUAACUUAUUUUGAUCUGUCACAUUCCUUACCAUUUCAAAUUUUCAAAAUAAGGAAAAGAAUUGAAUAAUCACUGAGUUUAGUGAUCACCAUUCUGAGGGACAACAUUAUUGCCAGCACAUUUUCUUAGAAAAUUGGUUUCCAUUGAGUGGACUGAAGUUGUGCUGUAUCAAGUAUUUGCUAUACUUCGUAAAAGAUGCUAGUCAUGUAUUUUGCACUUUUCAGAAACUUUAAUAUUUUAUUUACUUGUAUGGUUUCACUGUGCUACACUUCUCAGAUUUAUUUAUAUUUAAUGUAUAAAAUGGGUACAUAAUAUUAUGAUUAAUAUAUAAAUAUUGUAAGUGGGUGCUGGGGUUGGAUAAAAGUUGCUACCAUGACAAAGAGGCUUAUCUCAGUUUUUACUAGUUUCCAGUAGUGUGAUCCAAAAUCUUUGCUCAAAUGCUUUCAAUUCACAGCUAUCCUAGCUUGUACAGAGUAUCCUAUGCACCAUCAUUGCAGUAACCAAGUUUUUUCAAUUUUACAAUUAACCACAUGCUGCCGGGGAAAAAAGAAUAAAAAAUGGGAAAAAUUCUGUGCUCAUUUUUUAUAUCUUUGUGAAAUGUCUCUGCACAUAGAUGGCUCUGCUAGUGCUUAGCUACAAAGUAGUCAGUUAGUAGACCUUAUGA